AUGCCGCGCUUCACUCAAGCUCAACUGGAAGACGACGAGGGCAAGUUGUUUGCCUAUAGUGAGGAACAUUUCAAGAUGGCCGCACUUAUUGAUAUUUCUCGCCUCGUGUUAGACAAAACCUUCAAACGGCAAAUGAGCAACCGUCAUAAUUGCUUGACAAUGAUUACUGACUUGCAGAGUAGUGUAUACGAAAUUUGGAAUAGCAUGGACUUCGAGCUUACUCGGAUUUAUCGCUGUCCUACUGCUCCCCAUUCCUUGAGUUAUCUUUAUUGGAGGUGA